AUGGCGGCGGAUCCCCUCGAUUCCAUCGUCAAAGGCGCCCCGGUGUCCGUCCCCGGCCAGGACCCGGCCAAAGGCGCCGGCGGCACCACACCGAUCGCCUCGGCCGAUUCACCGCCAACACCAGGCAAACCCGGCGACCCGCUCUCGCACACCCCGAGUUCCCCAUCCAUGAUCUACCUCAACCUGCUCAUCCUCGAAGCCUCGCUACGCGCCCAGUACCUCGAGCUGCGUGCCCGCCGUCGCCACCACACCUUCUUCCUGUCUCUACUCACGCUAUGGACUGCCUUCUUCGGGUACGCCCUCUUCUUCGCCCCGCGCGAGGACGGCCGCGGCAUCGGUGGGAGCGUGUACUGGGUUGUGGAAACCACGGAGCACAUGUGUUUUCUAGGCGGUGUCAUCACGGCACUGCUGGUGUGGGCCACGGGCAUCUGGGAGCGCGGCGUGCGCUGGCCGCGCCGCUGGUUUGCCGUGUCGAACCGCGGCCUGCGCGGGUUCAACUGCAAGCUGGUUGUCAUGAAACGGCCGUGGUGGAAGGAGGCGCUUAGCACCGCCGGCUGGUUUCUCACGUACGGACUGUUCUCCAACAACGGGAGCUCCUAUCGAUGGGUUGAACCGAGCGUGCUGCGCGAGGUCGACCGCGAAAUGAACUUGUCGCGGGAUACCCACCCGACGGUGCACGUCACGAAUUGGGAUGAGGAAAAAGGUGGGCAUGAGGAAGAUCUAGCGCCUGGGGGGGAUUACGUCAAGCUGCUGCUGCUGGCGAAGCCUUUUUCGCCGACGUUUAGGGAAAACUGGGAGGUAUACCGGGCCGAGUACUGGGAAAGGGAAAAUGAACGACGCAGACUGCUGCGUGCCCGGACUAAGGAACAUGACCGGCGCGUGGGCCGACAGAACCGCGGCUGGUUCUGGUGGCUGCCCGGGCGGAGGAGGAGGGGGACCACAGCACCCGUCACGGAGAAACACGCAGCGGCAAACAAUGAGAAGGCGCAUCACCCGCGUCACGCGGCCGUGGUGAGCGAGCACAGGCGGACCCGGAGCGGCAGCGCGAGUACACGUAGGGGCAGCGUCUCGAGCGUGCACGGGUCGCGGCCGCCGACGCCAAAGCUAGAAGCAGGGGAGCAUUUCGGCGUCUCGCGGAAGGCGAGUACGUCCUCAGACGCUUCGGAUAAGAAACGAAAGAAGUUGGCUGUGGCUGGUGUCGGUGCUGGGGUUGGAGCUGCCAAGGGCCGGCCGCGCGUUGAGUCGAGGUCGGUUACGCCGGAAUCGCCGUCGCCGUUGAGCAGGGAGAGCACGCCGAAGACGUCUGGGGCCGCCGCGACUCCUUAA